AUUGCUGAAGAGUUCAACAAUGCUGAAAUGAUCUUUACUUACAAGAUUUUAUAUCUUUUAAUGAUUACAGACUUAUUACAGCAAUUUAUCCUGUGCACAGUUUAAAAAUUAAUCAAAAUACUAAUGAAGCUUUGUUAAAUGACGUUGCUUUCUAUCCGUAAAUGAAUAUUAGUAUAAAUAUCUAAAUUUAUAUAUGAAAAAGCUUCAUAAAUAAUAAUAGACAAAUAUCCUAUGUGUAUAUAAACUAGACAACAUAUUUUGCUAUAUACAACUUUGCUGUGUAAAAAGUUCGAUAAACUUAAACUAUAUUGUUGCUUUUUGAUUUUAAACAUUAUGUUAAUAUUAUGUUCUACACUUUGUAUAAAUGUGUUUGCUAUGAAUACAUUUCUUGAAAUGUAUAUUAAUUCUAGUGUAACUGCAAAUAAAGCAGAAGUCAACAAAUUUUAAAUAUUUAUAUAUUUUCAGUAAAUGUAUAAGUACGUUUCACUUAAAAUAGUAAAAGUAUAAUAUGAACUAUAAAAUUAUAAAUACGUUUAAAUAAUUCAGACUAUCUGCAACCUCGUCAAAAAGCAAGAAAUUGGCCUCUCCUUUUUAAUAUCGGAAAGCAUCGUUUUCAUAUCCAAUGAUAGGGGUAGGAAUAUAUUUUUUAUUUAAUUUAGUGCUCAAUGCUGGUAUCGGUAAAGGAUAAAUAUGAGGCUUAAUAGGAAAUCUAGUACCAGCAAUAUCGAUUUCGUAACGAGCCAUAGGAUUCAUUAUAAAAUCUGUUGUAACAAUAUUCUUAUUCGGUUGCGCAUGCCUUGUUCCAGGUAAACUAAUGAAACCAAGGCAAAUAUGUUUCUCAGUUGCAAAACCAUACCUAUAAAAUGAAUUCGAAACAAUGAAAAAUAUAUUUUACUAUGCUAGUGUUCAUCAUGUACACUUACCCAGCUGAUGUCACAGUUCCUACAAAUUUAUUGUUUCUAUAAAUAGGUUCUCCACCCCAUGGCCAUACGUCUUUGUUUAUAUCCAGUUCAUUAACAACGAAUAAUACUAAUCGUUUCGUCACACCCUGCUCUUUUUGAUAUUGCAAAGCAAAUUUUCCAAUGAAAUACUCCUUCUACAAAAUCAAAUAACCUUGUUAAGUCUUGGAACCCCGUCUGGUUAAUACAAAUGUGCAUAACAUACUUACAUUUAACUUUACACUAUAUCCACUUCCAGCUUCAUAUGGGGUAACAAAUGGUGUUAACUCUUCAGCCCAAAAGGGAAUAAAUCGUUCUAUUCGCAUAAAACGUUGUGUGAGAACACCCACGUCUCGUACCCCAUAAUCUUUACCUACUUCCAUUAACGUCUCAUAUACGUGUAGCGCAUACUCUGAAGGUAUAUAUAAGCAGUAACCAGAUUCACCAGUGUUUGUAAAUGACAUUAUCAUAACGUCUGAGGCGUAUGCUACGUUUGCAGUCUGUUGACAUGAUAACUGUUCUGUAGACUCAUAUUCUGAAGUAUACACGAUGCUACAGUUAAAUGGGAUCACCAAAAUAUCUACCACAUUUCUUGUUGUAAAUGAUCCCAUUUAGCUGCAACAGGUGAAGUUGUUUUUACCUUGUACGUGAAAGGAGAUAGAUUAAUGUUAGAAUUAGAAAGCUCGGAUAACAGGCCUGUAGCUUUAGGACCUACUAAAUUGAUUACCGUAUACUUUGAAGUUACAUCAUUCAGGCCGACUGAAUGAUCUGCUGGUAAAUGUCUGCAACAAGAAGCAAUAGAUUCUACAUUUGUUUCGCAUGACUAUAAUUAGUAAUUCAUAGUUCAAUAUUUUUUACCUAGACAUCCAUUGAUAAAUGCGCGUUUGUUGAGACGUUGGUGAAACCAUGAAGUAACUAUUCUCUGAUUGUCUCACUAAAAUACAGUCGUUUUCGUAACCACCUCGUUCAUUUUGCAUUCCUGUGUGCACUAUACCACCAACUGGUAUAUUUGCAUCAUUUGAACACAAUUGUUGAAGGUACUCCACAACUUCCCAACGACUAGACUGUAUAUAAAAUAGUAUUAAAAUAUAAAUGUUCACAUAAAAUUGUUACGAACAUAUCUUUCAUGUACUUACUUUAAUUUUAAUUUUUGAAAAUGAGCUCAUAUCUAUAAUUCCUACUCCUUCUUUGCAUGCAAGAAAUUCUUCUUUCAUAAAAUCGAAGAACUUUGGCUUGUAAAAGCUACCUCGAGGCAUAACUGGUUUUUUCUGACCUCCUUUAAUUAAUUAAUGUUAUUUUAAUUACUUAAAUAUAUACAGAGAAAUCAAAUUAUUAUUUUCUUACUUCUGUAAGUAGAAUCGAAGUAAAGUGGUCGUUCGUAGGCCAUCUUGACUCCAAAAAUCGCACCUCUUUCUUCAAGUACCGAAUAUAAGGGAGAACAACGCAAUUUCCGAGCAUAUUUGUACUCACAUUGGUGAGGGUAUAGAAUUGCAUAAUUUCUGCCUACUAUUUCCCUUGUUCUUUGCUGUAAAUACCGUUUACUGCUAUGCAAAUCAAGAAAUCUUUGAACACUAAAGGGAAGCAACUCUUGGGUAGAUUCGCCGUUUAUAAGGCAUUCAGCCACCUCUUUUCCUAUUCCUCCUGCACCUAUAUGAAAAUGGUUUAUAACUUUCAUUCAGAAUCUUUAACAGACAAGAUUCAAUAUUUACCUUGAAGUGAAUUUCCAUUCAUGCCUACGGCAACAUAAUAAUUUUUUACUUCGGGAGUUUCUCCUAAUAUCCAUCUUCCAUCUGGUGUAAAAUUGUCAGGACAGUUAUGUACGUUUGGUUGUACUUUACUUAAAAUUGGUAAUCUAUGUAUAACUUUAUCCCAUAAAAGCUUCCAAUGAGAAGGAUCAUUUUUAAGAUAAUUCUUCCAAUUUUGUAUGGGAACACUACCAUUUUCAAAUGCAGGUUUUGCUUCUGGUUCAAACCAACCAACUAGCAAACUUCCCUGCCAUUCUCUCAUGUACGAAUGCGAAUCAAAAUCUCUUAUGCAUGGUAGAGUGAUAUUCGAAUUAGGUGGAAAAGGAGAAGCAAUUGCAUAAAAAUGUUCUGCAGGGUAUGCUGGGAUUCUGACUGCUGGAUUGCAAUGCAAUCCUAAUUCACGUGCCCACUAUAAAGCAAAUAAGUUUAUAUUUUAUAUUAUCAGUUAUACAUUAUUCAAUUAAAAGAUGAUGUAUGUUCUCUUACCAUUCCUGCACAGUUAACAAAGUACUCACAGAAUACUACACCAUAUUCAGUCUUUACACUCUUCACAGCUCCAUUUUCAGUGUUUACUUCUUGUAUUCUGCAAUUUUCAAUAUAUCUUGCUCCUCCAGAUUUUGCCAGUUUAGCUAAAACUUCACAAACUGCACUGGAAUUAGCUACUGCAUCUUCAGGUACCCAAAUAGCACCUUCUAUAUCAUCAGUAUUAAGAUACGGAUGCAAUCUCUGCAGUUCUUUUUUUCCUAAAAUCUAUAGAAUUCACUGAACUUUAACAACUUUCUUUCUAGUUAUACUUACAAUAAAAAAUUAAUAAAUAUUACUUCACAAUGCAAUCCUGUAGGUACAUUAUAGGCCAUCCUACGUUUUAAAGCUAUCAUUCUAUCUUUGGUUUGAGCUAAGUUUAUACUGCCGCAUUGUUUUAAUCCAAUAUCAUAUCCCAUUUCUUGUAAUUGUUGAUAUAACUUAAUGCUAUAGGAGAUCAAAUUUCUAUGUGAAAUUGGUUUGAAGAGUCCAAGGGUGCCUGAGCCAAAGUGAGAUGUUCCGCUUCCAAUCCUAAAAUAGAUCUUCCAUGAAUUUGUUGAAAUGACGAGCACAUCAUUCCAUCCAUUAAUAACAAGAUGAUAGGCAACAGAAUUGGCAACUGUUCCUGCACCCGCAAUAACAACUUGCGAUUGUGACGGCAAUACUGUUGAUCGUGGUAAAAAGUUUGAGUAAUUGUUAAAGUUUCUACGAUACUCAUUUUUGUUGUUGAAUAGACCAGAUGCGAGUACUCCAUUUUUAUAGGUUAUAUAAUGCAAAUCAUGUUUGUUAACUUUUAAAGCUGUAUUCUUCGGAAAUAAUACGCAUAUGCAUUUCGAGCACACGUAACUUAGCAUUAAGUUGUGUAUAAUAUAAUGAUUGUCCAGUAUUAAUGAAACAUUCACAGGCUUACAUAGAAAAUACCUGGACUCUGAACAUGUGUUCUAUUUCUAUAGUUUACAAUAAAAUAUUUGUCGAUGUACAUUGAUAUUUACUAUUAUUAACAAAAAAUGUAGCAUGAAUUAUCGAUAUUAAUCUUGAUGUAAAUUAGACAUUAACUUUGAAGAUUUGCAAUAAAUUUUCUCGAAACCACUAAUUGCGUAUAGAGUAAUUGAGAAAACAUAAUUAUCUUAUCAACAUUCGACUUUGUAAAAUAGUAACGGUAUCUGUAUUCCUUAAUUACAUAAUUUAUAAACAAAGUUCCUGGCAAGUUUGUAUAUUGCUGAAGUAUUUGAAUUCUCCGCGCUUUGGAAGAAUCGAUACAACUCGAAACAUUCAAAAUCGUCGAGUUAUUUCGAUUCUCGAUCCCAUACAAUACGGUUAUUCCAAAUGGAAACCGCGUCCAGAAUCUUUCGUUUGUAAAAUGAAGUUUAUUGUAAAUUCUAGCUUGUGCACAUAGAAAAUUAUAGAAAAAAAUCGUUCGUCAUGUUGUUUGUGUUGGCCAUUUAUAUUUUAAAAAUAUUAUGCGUGUUUUUAUUUGUUGUCUAUUGCGUCGUCACCUUUCUUAUGGUAAUGUAUAAUGCUCGAUUGGAGGAGCUGAAAGAUUGCAUCACUGCUAAAGACGAAAUCUUGGAGUCAGAUUAUCCGCUCAAAUUUUACGUGGACGAAAAGUUGGGUAUAAUUACAAAGAAGAUAACGGAAAAAGAACAAUUGUUGCAGCGAUCUCAUUAUGAAAUAAAGAACGCAGAGAAGAUUCUGACAGAUUUGGAAAAUAAAACAUCGAAUUAUAGAGACGGAUACAAGUUGUUGAUGUCGGAGUUAAAAAAGGAUGUUCGGAAAAUCGAGGGCGAGCAGGUUAAAACGUUGCAAAACCACAUUUCCUCUUUGUCGUUUCGGAGGGAGGUUCUUAGAAAUGAAGUAAUGAAGGUAAUCAGUUUCAAUACAAUAAAGAAAACAAAUACAAAUGCUUUUACAAAGAAAUUCAUGUUAUUUCAGCAACAGGAAGAUUAUCAAAAGAUGUUAAACAAUUUUACCAGAGAGUUAGAAAACAAGAAGUCCUUGUUCUCUCUGACAACUGAAAGUCCAAGAAGACCUCGCAUGAGUUGCCCUCCUUUACAAUGAAACGUUACGCCGUGUCCUUACACGUGUGAUAUAGUGAUCUUUAUUGACUGUUCUACGGUAUUGUAUAACGUCGAUCGAGUCAUAACUUUAUUUAAUAUUCACAAUAUGUACAUUUAAAUAAAACGAUCGAUAUGGAAAA